AUGAGAAAGAAGGAAGUGUUGGUAGUCGGUGGCGGCACCGGCAACCAUACUACUCUCACUGGGCUUAGAAACGAGGAUUGCAACCUGUCCGCCGUGGUCGCCAUGACCGAUAGCGGAGGCAGUUCCGGACGGCUUAGAGACGAGAUGGGGCACUUGCCUCCGGGGGAUAUACGGCGGUGCCUGAUGGCCCUGGCUGCAGAGACCCCGCAAGGCAACCUGAUGCGUCGCCUGUUUGAUUACCGCUUCAAUUCAGGCAAUGGGCUUUCCGGCCACAACUUCGGCAAUCUGCUCCUCACCGUCCUUACCGAAGUCACGGGCAACACCAUAUCUGCCAUUGAAGAAGCGUCACAACUCUUGGGCAUUAAGGGUAGGGUCUUGCCUGUAACCUUGACCCACUCCACCCUGAUGGCCCGCCUGGAUAACGGUGAGGAAUUGUCUGGAGAAUCGGUCAUAGACCUGCGGCGGGACAACCUGGACGUGGGCAUUGACUAUAUUUGGCUGGACCCCAAAGCCUAUGUCUAUCCUCCCGUUCUGGAUGCAAUAGAAAGGGCCGACGCGAUAAUCCUGGGGCCCGGUGACAUUUACACCAGUGUCUUGCCCAACCUGCUGGUAGAGGAUGUUGCAGAGGCGAUAAACGCUUCCAGCGCGGUGAAGGUUCACAUUUGCAAUCUCAUGACCAAACCCGGGGAGUCUGACGGGUUUAGAGCGUCCUCAUUCGUAAAGCUGCUGAUGGACUACCUGGGCACUGGGGCACCUCUGGACUACCUCAUCUACAACGACAGUCCUUUCCCAGCCAGAAUGGUUGCAAGGUAUGCUGCUGAUCGGCAAUUUCCCGUGGAACUGGAUAGGAAAGAAUGUGCCUCGGUAGUGAAAGAAAUAGUGACCGCUCCCUUGCUAGCUUCCGGCGUCUAUUUGCGGCAUGACCCCGUUGCAUUGGCUCAAACCAUCAUGGAGAUAGUCAAUAGACCAGUUCAUGCUGGCUAG